AUGUCACAUCAUUCGUCGCUCAAUGACAACACGGAAAGUGCAUCUCUACCUCGACGCAAGAAGGAAGUGCAAACCCGCAUGAAAGAUGGCAAAGAGGUCGAACUCCACACUUGGGACGGUCCACAAGAUCCUGACAACCCGUUCAACUGGUCAACCAAGUACAAAUGGUUCUUGACAAUAACCGUUUGCUUCAUCUCCAUCUUGACAGGUCUUCCGGCUGGGUCUUAUGGCGCUGGAAACGAGUACAUGGCAACACUAUUCAACGUUCAAAACGAGCCGUUUCCAAACCUUUACUGGGCGACGUGUUCGUGGAAUAUGGGUGCUGCUAUAUUCCCACUACUAUUCGUACCUUUGACCGAAAACACUGGUAGAAUGCCUGGAUAUUUUGUCGCCUACAUCGUGUUCGAAUUGUUCCUGUUCGGCUCAGCCUUUGCCGAUAACUUUGCAACCUUGGUCGUCACCCGUUUCUUCGGCGGUGGCGCAUCUUCCGUUUCCAUCAACAUCGUGGGCGGCAGCAUUAGCGAUGUAUGGAAAGGUGACAAAGCUCGGAGUCUGCCAAUGUCCAUUUUCGGCUUCACGUCCGUAGCUGGUAUUGCUCUUGGACCCUUCGUGGGUAGCGCAAUCGUACAGCUUGGCUAUCCUUCCACUGGACUACAAUCCCCUUGGCGAUGGAUCUACUACAUCCAAAUCAUCUACAACGCGGCCCUAAUCCCAGUGUUCUACAUAAUCCUCAAGGAAACUCGUGGCGACGUCAUCCUCAAAAAGCGCGCCCAGAAGCUUCGCAAAGAAACCGGUCGCGAAGUCUACGCAGAAUCAGAGCUCGAGAAGCCCUCGAUAGCUAGCUUGCUCAAGGUUUCAUUCAUGCGACCUACCAAAAUGCUAUUCACCGAGCCUGUCGUCACCUUCUUCACUCUUUGGAUCAGUUUCGCCUGGGGUAUCCUCUUCCUGUUCUUUUCCUCGGUCGUCCAGACCUUCAGCGCUAGUUACGGUUUUGGAACCUUUCAGACCGGUCUUGUUCAGCUGGCAAUCACCGUUGGAGCGCUCAUUGGCACGCUCAUUAAUCCCUUGCAGGAUUGGAUGUAUCUUCGUACUGCAUCCAAGAACCAGGAACGGCCAGGUAAACCCAUACCGGAAGGUCGCUUAUAUACCAGCAUCCCUGGUUCCUUGCUCUUUACUGCUGGAUUGUUCAUGUAUGGAUGGACGUGUCGACCAGAGAUUCAUUGGAUCGUGCCUGCGAUAGGCAUUUGCAUCGUUGGUGUGGGCAUAUACUCCAUUUACAUGGGCGUGGUCAACUACCUCACGGAUGCUUACGAGAAAUACGCUGCCUCUGCACUUUCAGCCGCAUCGCUUGGUCGUAACACGUUCGGAGCCUUUCUACCUUUCGCCUCAUACUCGCUUUUCCAGAACUUAGGGUUCGGUUGGGCUGGCAGCCUUCUGGGCUUUGUCGGGUUAGCAUUGAGUCUUGUGCCGGUGGUGCUACUUCUGAAGGGCCGCGAGAUCCGUAAAAAGAGUCCUUUCAUGUCAGAAGCCACAUUCGACGAUGGAGAUGACGAUGAAGCAGUGGAUGAUGGCAAGGAUGGUGCGAGUCAUCGAGGUACGUUUGGGCCAGCGGGCGUCGCAGGUGGGCCACCCGGGGCAUUGGACGAGCGUGUCUAG